AUGUCUGGCGUGGCGCGCAGCCGUCUUCAGGAGGAGCGAAAAGCAUGGCGAAAAGAUAAGCCAUUUGGCUUCCAUGCACGGCCUGAGACGGCAGAGGAUGGGAGUAUCAACCUGAUGAAGUGGAAAUGUCACAUUCCGGGUAAACAAGGCACUGAUUGGGAGGGCGGAUUCUUCCCUUUGACAAUGGAGUUUUCGGAAGACUACCCAACAAAGCCACCUAAGUGCAAGUUCCCAGCGGGUUUCUUUCAUCCGAACAUCUACCCCUCGGGAACCGUCUGCCUCAGUAUCCUUAACGAGGACGAGGGGUGGCGCCCGUCCAUCACCGUCAAGCAGCUUUUGCUGGGCAUUCAGGAGCUACUGGACACUCCAAACCCAAACAGCCCGGCACAGUCAGAUGCGUUCCUGCUCUAUACCCAGCAGAAGGCCGAGUACUGCAAGAAGGUCAAGAGGCAGGCACUGCAGUACCCUCCCCCAAGCUAG